UGCGUGUUCGGUGAGCUUGUGUUCACAACGCCUCUCUGCAAUGCUGCAAUGUCGGACAUACAACUCUACCUCCUCGAGGUGGACAAGAACAAGGCCGAGGCUCAGGCAAUAGCAGCCGGAAGCGCCGAGAAACUUGAGCAGAAACAACUCAAACUCAUCAAUCUCAUCACCAGUCUUGAGGAGUAUAUCAACAACAAGGACGAUGGCGCUCUCCGUGCCAAGUCAGUCGCAUAUAUUGCGGAUGUCCUCGAGAAAGUACCCCCUAAGGUCUUCUCACUUCAAGAACGUCGCUUGCUCACUGAUUUUGUUCUCGGAAGGAUCGCAAGUGAUCUCGAGGGCAUUGGCGCUUCUGCAAGGGUGCUCCUGGCGCUCGAAUCGCUGGGCAAAUGGGACGUAGAUACUGCGCAGAAGGUGAUGCGUACGUUCAUGGAUCAUACACAUCCGUUGCGACAGUUCAAACUACAGACCGAACGAUAUCCCAUAAUUCGACUUAUCGACCGCUUGCUAGCCAAUUAUCGAUCCGGCAUGAAACAACUACAUGAAGACGACCCCGAGUUUAUGCCAGGAUUCAUCUCCUACUUUGAAGGCGAGAAGGAUCCCAGAAACCUCAUGAUCGUCUUCUCGCUUCUGCAAGUACCGAUGGCGGAGUGGGACAUUCACGCCUACGCACAUGACAUGUUCGAUGCAGUCUUCAAUUACUUUCCGAUCACGUUCAAGCCACCGCCCGAUGACCCUUAUGGCAUUACAGCUCAGGACCUCAAGGAUCGGCUUCGCGAUUGUAUCGCUGCCAACUCGGACUUUUCGCCAUAUGCUUUCCCUGCGCUACUGGACAAGUUGGAUUCGACAUCAAUGAACACAAAACGUGAUGUACUUCAUACAUUACAGGCUUGUUCUGUGACCUACUCGGCAAACACUGUCAACCUCUAUUCGGUAACUCUUUGGGACGCCCUCAAGUUUGAGAUCAUCAAUGUGCAAGAAGAGGAUCUGGCCGAGGAGGCUCUGAAGGUUUUGGCACUCAUCGCAGCCAAGCUCGCGCCAAUCGACAAUGCUCUUAGUGCUUAUUUGAAACCUAUCGUCAAGGAAUGCAAUGAGCAUCUGGAGGACGCACCCACAAAGCAGUCUCAAGGCGCUGGACGGAUCAUUUUGGCCAUAGCCAGGACGAAUCCUACCGUGGCCGACAAAGUGACCAAAGGAAUACUGCCUGUUUUGUUCUCUCUAUACGGGUCCUCGACAUCCAUUGCGAAACGACGUGGCUUGUUGGAGGUAUAUAACAGUCUGGUACAAGCACAUGCCGAUCUGCAGGCUUCGGGACACGAGGUCUCUGUAGAGGGCCUCCAGGCUUUCCUUGAUCAAGCAAUGACUGCCAUGCUGCAUGCCCUUGCACGAGCCCCAAAACCGGAAGUUUCGUUCCGUCUAACUGCCAUGAAUGGUCUCAUACAAUUGAUCAGCGCGAGAAAAGUCCUCUCUCCGGAACAAUUGGGCCUGGCCGUAAGUGCUGUGCACGAUGUUGUUCUGCAUGAACAGAUCGAAGGGCACGGGAACAUCAGAGCAGAAGCCAUCGCUGCAUUGGUAGAAAUCGCUGCUGCCGCACCCGAUGCAAUACGUGACCAAACAGUACCAGCAUUCAUGGUUGAGAUGCCCGAUGAUGCCCCAGAUCGGGCGACGUAUCGAAGCGCAUUGGAAGCCUUCGCUCAAUUAAGUCAUGAGCAACAAAUCUUUGAUACCGUGGUCUUGCGACUCAAGAACAAGCUUAAGGCUGCGCAGUCCCGACCAGAAUCGAAGGAGCAAGCGUCGGACUUACUACUGGCCAUUCUGUACUGCUUCACGAACGGAAGUCCAAUGAAGGAAGAGAGUGGUAGCAUCAGAAGUGACUACUACACGGACUACGCCGAGUAUAUGAUCCAGCGUCUGAGGGACGCUUCAGCCCUUGACGCGGAAACCUCUACAGCCGCCAUCGUUGGACGUUUGACGAACCACAUUCUCCGCCAGCAGACGCCCCAUUUCCAAGCGACAGUAUACAAUAAAGAUCUGGAGUGGCUGUCGCCAGCCAAAGCAUCCGAGCCGGACGAUGCGACCAAGCGUGUUCGCGACUACGCACCUUUUGCGCUCUACUAUUACGCUGCUGUUCGACCGGAGAUCAUAGACCCCCAGGACGUUAUGACCACUCUACAGACACAGGCGGCGUUACUGUUGAAUGGCGAGCCGGAUCUCGUAAUUCGCGCGUCCGUGAUACGGCACCUAUCACUUUUGAUCAACAAGUUCUUGGAGCCCAAAACAUUGGAAUCGUCGCUACAACUCGGAGGAAUUGAUGUCGAGGCUUUACUUUCAGAUCAUACUAACAUUACAAAGAGUAGCAUAUCGUUCGCCGUUCUGAGAGCAAUGAUGGUGCAGGGCAAAUGUGGAGCGCUGACUUCACGAUAUAUCGAGGCCCUUCUACGCACGCUUCCUGAAGCCAACAAGGCUUUCGCCCGGAACUUUGUACUUCUGCUCUCACCGGACGACAUCCUUUCGAAGGAGAACCACUGCAUCAUAUCUGGUCUAUACAAACAGCGAGCAUUCAGCCAACUCGUGAAGCCGAUCAAUGAUUGUGUACGAGCUGCGGAAGCAUCGGCCAAGAUUAACUAUCUUAUUGCGAUGUCUGGAAUUCUCCAGUGGCUUCCAUACUCAGUGAUCGAGUCAUCACUAGGAGACUUGAUGCCGGCUCUGCUCCAGUGCAUGGAUUUGAAAGAUGCUGGCGAUCAAACUGUCAAGUACUCAACACUGGUCAUCUUCGAAUCUGUGCUGAUGCACGACCCUGCGAUAGUAGCAGAGCAUGCUCGCUCACUGAUCAACCGCCUGCUAGAUGCAACGCAUGGCUCUCCGAAUGAAGCCAAAGUCCGGGCGAAGGCGUUGAGAUGCUUGACACUGGUCCCUAAGCAGCUGAAACGCGAGGCAGUUGUUCCGUAUCGUCGACCUGUGGUCAAGAAGCUCCUCUCCUGCCUCGAUGAUGGUAAGCGGAAUGUCCGGAUGGAGGCGGUGAGAUGUAGAAGUGCUUGGCUUGCUUUAGAUGAAGGGACAGACGAAGAAGAGUGAUCUGAACACGAAUGUGCAGCAUGUAGACAGCACUAUAAAGAUGCAUUGCGUAGAGCAUUCUUUUGCGAAG